CGAGACUUUGAUAAAUCCAAGAUGGCGUCACGUCGAGCAAAUUUAGAAGAACCGGCCCAAUUAAUUCAGCCCUUGUGCUCUUCAUGGGAAGAUGCGCGAGACUUGUUACGAGAGUGGCGAGAGGAGAACCUGAGGAACAGUGAACAGGUGGUGGAGGUGGGAGACUUCCUCAUGCAGAGGGGGCUGGCAGGGAAACUGGGCGACGAAGUUUGGCCAGCAUACGAGCAGAUCUUUCUGGCAGCAUUGGAAUGUGGCAGACUGGAACUGGCUCAGGUGUGCUACAAGCAACUGCGCCGACAGUUCCCGGGGAGUUUACGGGUGGCCAAGCUGGAAGCCAUGAGAUACGAGUUCUUACAGAAGUAUGAUGUAGCAGAACAGAAAUACCACAAGAUUUUGGAAGAGGACGAAGCAAAUUCUGCAGUACACAAAAGGUUAAUUGCCAUUCACAAAGCACAAGGGAAGAUUCCAGAAGCUAUCAAAGAACUCAACAAGUAUCUAGAGAGAUUCAUGAGUGACCAUGAGGCCUGGUUGGAGUUAGCAAACCUGUACAUAGCAGAACUGGAGUAUGGUAAAGCAGCAUUCUGUCUGGAAGAGUUGAUCAUGGCCAACCCUCAGUGUCACCUGUACCAUCAGAGAUAUGCAGAGAUCCGUUACACCCAGGGUGGGACAGAAAACAUGGAACUGGCCAGGAAAUACUUUGCCCAGGCAGCUAAACUCAACCCCACCAGCAUCAGGGCCCUGUUUGGGCUCUUCCUGGCUGCGAGUCAUCUGGCAUCUCAACAGAAGGGAGGCGGGACCAAGAGUAGUAAGAGUGAGAACAAGAAAUACGCUGCAUGGGCCGCAAAACAGAUCCAGGAACGAUACGAGGCAUUGGGGCAGAGUGAAGACAGUCAACUGAAGGCCCUGACAGCAACACUGGAUAGUCUGGAACUCAGCUAAACAUCUCAGAGUCAGACAACUACAGUUCAAGUGAACAGUAACACUGAACACCUGCAAUUCUGCCUAGUGUAUUUACUAGGAUUUGUCCAAAACUGUACUUUUGUCAUUGAGAUACAUUUAUAAGGAAAGUGUUCAAGAAGUGUGGACAUGUAUGUUACAAAGUUUUGUAACACACUAGUUCUGUAUUACCUUGUCCAUAUUAUGCCAUUCUGUAAUAGUUUCUGAUAAUUGUGGUUGACCAAUGUAUAUUUAUUUCAUUUUUGUACUCAUGCAUGUUUGUGCAUGUUCCCUCAACUUGAAAGAAUGUACCACAAAAUUUAAAGUGAAAUUAACAAGUAUCUCUUGUAAAUGUAACUUUUCCCGAGCUGAAUUUGUUGUAACCAGUAUACAUCUGAUGCUAACAUUGAAGGUAAAAUUGUAAAAUUGAUAAAAUGUGUUAAAAUUGUGUAAUAUUGUACUGCAUGAAACUUUUCUCAUACAGCAAUUUACAUUCAAAUAAUUAAGUGC